AUGUAUAGUUCAAAAGCUAAAAUUGUAUUUAUAUUUUUUAUAAUAAAUUCCUGUCAACAUUUAAUUGCUCUGAAAAAUAACAAUCCCACACCUGUGGUUCUGUGGCAUGGAAUGGGUGACAGUUGCUGCUUUUCAUUUAGUCUUGGAGCAAUAAAAAAUAUUAUUGAAGAAGAAAUACCAGGUAUAUAUGUAAAAUCUGUAAAAAUUGGAAAUAAUGUUAUAGAGGACGUUGAGAACAGUUACUUUAAAAAUGUGAAUGAACAAAUAGAAGAAGUUUGUGAAGACUUGGCAAAUGAUCCGAGUUUAAAAGACGGAUACAAUGCAAUUGGAUUUUCACAAGGAGGGCAAUUCUUACGAGGCCUAGCUGAAAGAUGCCCAAUUCCGCAGAUGAAAAAUCUCAUCUCACUGGGUGGUCAACAUCAAGGUGUAUACGGGCUUCCUAAUUGCGGAUCUUUGGAGCAUAAAGCCUGCGAUUACUUAAGAAGAAUGCUAAAUCAUGGAGCUUACUUGUCUUUCAUACAGAAUCGAUUUGUUCAAGCUGAAUACUGGCACGAUCCGCUGCAAGAAGACGAGUACAGGAAGAAUAGUGUCUUUUUGGCAGAUAUCAACAAUGAGCUCGUAGUCAAUGAGCCACGAGAGAGUGAGUGGUUCGGAUUUUAUAAGCCAGGCCAAUCAGUUGAACUACAGACACUUCAAGACUCUGAUCUUUAUAUCGAGGAUCGUUUAGGUUUGCAGCAAAUGGACCAAGCUGGUAAAAUUCAUUUUCUGUCAAUACCAACUAACCACCUGCAAUUCGACGAAGACUGGCUAAAAAAACAAAUUAUUCACAAAUAUCUUGUCUAA